UUCGCGUUCGAUUCUCGAUUUUUAUUUUUACGUCUGCGUACCGAUCAAACGAUUAUUAAGUUUCGACAGAAGGUGUAAACUUUUUAUUGGCUGACGACGUACGUCGCUUGUUGUGCGUGACCCUGUAACGUGAUUCGAGUAAUAAUUUCGAUCGCGAGAGAAGCAUUUGUUUGAGGCCUCUGACCUGCAUCGGACUCGCACAAAUUGUUUCUCGACCAUGAAUUUUAAUUAUUGGUUUUUUCAAUAUUUUUCAUCUUGUUGUUAUCCUAUUAAGGAACAAAACGCGUACAAAUAAUCGAACAGGUUUCAGGUAUUGAAGAAUUUUUUAAUUUGCUUUUAUUAUAAGCGAUCAGCUGUUUUUCUCAUAUGCGGCGACCUGCUAAAAUUAAAAGUUAACUUACGAAAAAAUCAAAUGAUACAAAACAACGAAUACUUUUUAAUUUUAUCAACAUUGAAAAUUCACUAAAAAAUAAUUCUAUAAAAUUACAUAAUCAAAAUGAAUUUUGCUUUCAGAAACAAUUAUAAUGAAUUCCUGAGCAGUGAGUACCGGCACCCGCAGCGAAAUUAACGAUGAUGAAAAGUAAUGCGACCGAGCAAAAACUGCCGAUUGCCACUUCACGUACGACAUCGAACAUAAUACAGAAAUAUCGCCAAACAGCCCAAGAAAAAUCGAGACGACUCGGUGAUGCCCAACAAUCGCGCUACGAGGACCCGAAAUGUCUGUACGCCGCAUCUCCGAAGCUCAAGUGUUUGUGCGGGGAAACCAGCAAGUCAAGGCUGAGCGGCUUUUUCGCCAAUUUAGCCGCAAAAAUACGAGGCUCCCGGACAAACGAAUCUACGACUCAAAAUAAAAUCUCUGGACAAAAGGUGCCAAAUUCAAAAAAACUGAUUAACAAUGAAAACGGUAAAAAUGGCAUUACUGCGUCAAACAAACGAAAAAAAAUCGAAGCUACCGAGAAUACUAAUCUUCUACAUCAAAAAGCUAAAAAAGAAACCAGAGCAUUGAACGAAAGUAAUUCAAAAUCAAAGCGACAUCAAAAUCAAAUGAGCACGAUUUUCGAGAACAAAACUAGCCACACACUGGCGUCGACGAGCUGUACCUUCGAGAACGUGUGCAAAGCCAAGCCCUCGAAACUGAGACACAGAGAGUUCAGUUGCGUCAAUAUCGACAACGAUGGAUACGUCGAGAAGCUAAUUAAAAAGAAGAAAGAGGAGGAAGUCGAGAAGACGAUCGGCAUGUAUCGCACCAUAGUGGACAACGUAUGCGAAAAAAUGCAGAAAGCCGAGGAGUCAAAGACGUCCAUGAAAUUAUCCGGCGAAACGGAGAUGUUGACGGCUCCGGAGAUAGCUCGAGCGAUCCAGGAUCUCGUCAAUGAAAAUCACAAGGCCGAAAAGGAGGAGGAGGUGGUGGAGGAGCCGGCGAUAGUCGAAGAACCAUUUCCAGUGGCGAAGCAGAGCAGCUUCAGAUGGAGGAGACUCGCGAAAUCACCGAAAAGAGACGAGGCGGAUCGCCUGCGCAAGACCAUUCAUUGGUUGGAGGAGGGCGCGCGACAGCUCAGGGAGGAUCUGGCCAAAGCCCGAUCGGAGCUGCACGAGGAGCGCAAGGCGGCGAAAAUCGCCAAGCGCAAUUUCGAGGCGAAACUCAAAGAAGCGACCACGGCCGAAGCGAUCAAGUACAAAAAAAUCAUAGCCGAUCUCAAAUUCAGGUUGUCGCAAACGUCGUCUCGAAGCGUUGCGCAUGCAUACCACAGGGCAUUGUCAGUUGAUAUUUUAAAAGUUGAAAAUUACAAAGAUGAAAUAGCCGAGUUAAAGAAAAGACUCGUCGAAGCAGAGCGCACGAUACAGGAAAUGAGAAGUAGCGAAACAAGUAAAGAAAAGAUUGAAAAAGAAAAUGAUUUAGAAGAAUGAAAGGCUCCAGUCACUGGGCACGGUUG